GUUAUUUUAAGAUUUGUUUCUUUAAAUUUAAUGGUGACAAUAAAAAUGAAUGAAAACAGUUUUCCCUUUGAAGACUUUCAAAGUAAAAGACAACGCCGUGCGGCCCUGAUCGGCUCUUCCGGUUCGCUCGGUUGCUAAGCAGCUCCUUCAGCAUCACGCAGGUCGCCUCGUGAGCAGCAGCUCCUCCGGCGUUCAUCCCCCCCAGCGGCUCGUUUCCUACAAACUCAUCGUCCACCGCGUUUUACCCGGAAAUGGGUCCGCACCGGUACCGGGGGAACCGCGGCGGGGGGGUCCACAGGCAACGAGACACUCCGGUGAAAGCCCCCCUGAGAAGACGAGUCAUGAGCAGAAGACUUCUGCACAAGCAGCGUUAUGAAACACUUCCAGAGGAGCCCGAGACGGAGGAGACGGACGUUCCAGAGGUUGUGAGCAUCAAGCUGGUCCCCUGCAGAUCGACUCGGGAGAAGCUCAAAGACGAAGCCCUCAGAACUCCUCAAACAUCUGCCCAGCCGGACUCACCUGCAGGUCCCCCGAUGACCCCCGACCCCGAGGCCUCUGAAUCGGGUCACAUGACCCCGCUAAACUUGACAGAGACUCUGGAAAGCAUCACAUCUUCUGCGACGGAGUCAGACCCAGCGGUCAGCUGUGAUGAGGAGGAGGAGGAGGAGGAGGAGGAGGAAGCAUCCUCUCUGACCCCCAGCAGCAGUCUUCCCUCCCCAGAGCUCCUAAGAGGAGGCGGCUGUGUGGAAACGAUGACCUCCUUUAAGCAGGAGCUGCUGGGGCUCCAUCUUCAUGCAAAAAACUCCACCCUGCUGGAUGUGAGCCAGGCUGAGAGCAUCCGCACGCAUCACUCACCCAACCUCUCCGACAUCAUCGAAACCUCUACGAUUCAGGCUGAAAGGAUUUGUGGGAUCAACAAAAACAGAGGACCUGAAGCAGAGACCCAAAUACACGCUGACCUAUUUAAAUCAGAAAAUAGCUUUGAGUGGAAAAUCCCUCCGAAAGUAAGAAAGCCUUCAUUCUGUCCGUCCCGUGAAAACACAACGGACAGAAUUCUGCUCCCUCGGCCCAUCGCGUACAAGAAGAAGGUCUCAUUCAAGGUCCCCGUCACAGCUGAGGCCUCCGAGCCCAAACCGAGCACACGAGAAGAGCGGCCGGCGUCCGGCGCCACGUUCUUUGACUUCAUCGACGCCGCCGACAGGGACGCGUUCUUUGAGGGGCUGAGGACGAGGCGUGAGGAGCUCAGGCGGGUUCCUCUGUUCCCCCUCACGGCUCUCGAGUGGACGGAGGCUCCCAGAAUGUGACACCUGAAGCCAGAAGUCUUGUGUGUAAGGAUUUUGGUUUAUUUGAUUCCCUCCCGUCAUCUAUGAAAAAUGUAAAAUAUUAUUUAAAAAAAUGUGCUGUGCACACGUCAGGAAAAAAGGGAAUUUGUACUUGUAUGUGUUAUUUCAAAAUAAUAUUUCAUUGAGUUGCCACACGCUGCUUCUCAACUUGGACCUUAUCUUUUUACCAUACAACCUGAGGCUUAAACUGUGGCGGAUGCAUGUCUGGUUUUAUGAAAAUGCAUCCAAACAGAACACAAGCUUUCUUUUUUAUUUUAUUAUUUAUUACUAAAAAACAGUGUCUGGUGUUAAACGACCACUAGAUGUCAGACGUGUCCUCUUGAACAGCCAUCUUCUCUCUAAUAGCCAGACAGUGAUUGUUUGAGUUUUUUCUCAAUUCUACACGUGAAAAAUGUAUGUUGUAUGGUGUUGUAUCAGCUUUUGUAUUUACUCUUUUGGCAUGAUCUUCAAAUAAUUCAUCUGAAUACUAAAUGUGAGAGAGCCGGUUGUACGUUCAUUUCUCUGGUUGUCUUUUUUCUUUUUUUCUCACUUAUCUGCCUUUAUACACUGGGGGUCAUCAAAAAUGUCUUGAAUUAAUG